AGCGGAGGCUUUACAACAGCUUUUGACAGAUCGUACAGUCCGAAAAACCGAACACGCGUCUCACGUGACGAAGUUUAAUAAAUGUCAAAUUUUGCACGGUGAGACGCAACGCUCGAAAAUGGAAAACGAUAAUCCGGUCAUAUAUGGACUCGAAUUCCAAACCAGGGCACUGUCUGCCCAGACGGCCGAGACGGACAUCGUGAGAUUCUUGGUGGGGACUCAGUCUUUAAAAUUCAGCAACAACCAGGUUCACUUGGUGGAGCUCAACGAGGAAACUGGCAACUUGAAGACGCAGGUGUUUCAGCAUCCAGUAGGAGAAAUCUGGUCCUUACAAGCUUCUCCGACUGAACCUAACAUAUUUAUCACAUGUUACAACAGCUUGAGUGAGGAAGGUACCUGCCGGAUGAAAGGGGCCAUCUGGAGAUUUCCCGAGAUAAAAGAGUACACCAACGACGUUCUGCAACUCGACCAGCUAGCCGAUAUUGAUACGACUCCGUAUGGCACUGAUCUCAAGACGAUCGCCUAUCAUCCUAUGGAUAGCAAGAGGGCUGUGUCAGUGGUGGAUAAUAAUUUUGUUCUGUGGGAUCUGGCUGAAGGACCUCAGGUUAUGAUAUCAGGCAAUCUAGCAGGCAAGGGUCAGCCACGGUUUACGAACGGUAAAUGGAAUCCUCACAACGGUGCCAAUCAGUUUGUCACCUUGAAUGAUAACAACGUUCGCGGAUGGGAUUUUCGAAGUCCGGCCAAUGCCGCUUGGUCCAUUCUAUCUGCGCAUUCACAAAUCAUCAGAGACUUGGAUUUCAACGCAAAUCGCCAGUAUUUUCUAUCCACUUGCGGCGACGACGGAUACAUGAAGUUCUGGGAUAUCCGACUGCCGACAGAACCGGUGCUGUCGCGCAUGGAGCAUUCGCACUGGGUAUGGAAUAUACGGAUCAAUCGUUUCCACGAUCAGCUCGUUCUAACGUCCAGCAGCGACUCCCGAGUGAUAUUGUGCAGUAUAGCGUCCAUAUCGUCGGAACCGUUCGGACAUAUGGUGUCGGCGGAAGACGAGACGUCGCAGAGCGAAGAGUCUUGCGGGAAGAAAAAAUUGGAAGACGGUCUGGUAGGAAGGUACGAGGAGCAUGAAGACAGUGUGUACGCAGUGGAGUGGUCGUCCGCCGACCCCUGGACAUUCGCGUCUCUCAGUUACGACGGCAGAUUAGUCCUGAAUAAAGUACCGCGGAAAUAUAAAUAUCAAAUACUUCUGUGAAUCCACCGAUACUAGAAGAUGACCGAGAGAUGAAAAAGCGGAAGUAAAAUUGUUUCUUGUAUAUUUAAUGUUGUACCUAUGCGAUAUGUCACGUACAAUAUUAAGUACAACACUGUAUAUAUGUGCAUAUGUGUUAUAAUAGCAAGUAUAUAAAAUAAUUUCUUAAUUGUACACGAGGAUACAUAUUUAUACAAGUACGUAUAUAUACAUUAUAAACAAAUGGAACAUACAUAUAAAC